AAAAAAAAAAAGAGGAGGAAGAAAAAUUUCUCCACCAAACCAACACCAUUGAAGAAGCUCAAAGAAAGAAAGGGUUUUCUGUUUUUGUUGUUCUUCAUUUCUUCUUGUUAAGUUGUAGAAGAGCAAGAGCAGCAAAAGAAGAAGCGAAGAUGACUACUCAAAUUCAGACGACUCAGAGGCAGGGAUCUGAGCAGUUGGCUACCCUCAUGCAGUCCGGCCAGAUUUCCGGCAGCCUUAGCUUUAAUGGCACUUUAAGCAAAGAGGACGAGGAGAUGUCCAUGUCUGCACUCUCCACUUUUAGGGCUAAAGAGGAAGAGAUUGAGAAGAAGAAGCUGGAAGUGAAGGAGAGGGUUCAGGCUCAGUUGGGUCGUAUUGAAGAAGAGACCCGCCGUUUGGCCAAUAUCCGUGAGGAGCUGGAAGCUCUUGCAGAUCCAAUGAAGAAGGAGGUCUCUCUUGUCCGGAAGAAGAUUGAUGCUGUCAAUAAAGAAUUGAAACCUCUGGGACAGACUUGCCAGAAGAAGGUGAAACAUCUUAAUACUAGUAGUACCUUCCAAAAAUUGGAGACUUUUCAAUAUGAUGAGCCACUGGGCAGGGCUUAGUGUCUUGUGUUUGGAUAAAUUGAUGUUACCGGUCCUUUUAACCCCCUUUGAGGGACUCAAAUUAACAGCCAACCUGUUUUCGUGGAAACAGGAGAGGGAAUACAAGGAAGCCCUCGAGGCUUUCAAUGAGAAGAACAAGGAGAAAGUUCAACUUAUUACCAGAUUGAUGGAGGUGAGCCAAGUAAUGCCCUACUAAUUUGCUAAAUUUCAUAUUCUUAAUUCUUCGUUUAGAAGAAGGUAAUUGUAUUACUUACUGGGUAGUAACAUUCAAUUGGUUUGUAUCUUUACUGCAGUUGGUGAGUGAAAGUGAAAAGUUGAGGAUGAAGAAGUUGGAAGAACUGAGCAAGAGCAUAGAAACAAUACGCUAAGAAGAUAGCUUCACAUCUCCGUAACUAAAUUAGGUCUGUGUGAUGUAUCUAAGGAAGAGACAAUUCUAUUUAUGUAUUUGGGUGUUCUUUUUUUUUUUUUUCCCAGUUUGGUUGUAUUAUUUUACUGUGUCAGUUGGUGGUAGUAGCUCUUUGAUGGAUCAUAUCAUUUUCUUAUAGUAGGACAGGGAAAUACCCACCCCCAGUGAACAGGUUUGUAACUAAAAAUGUAAAACAGGUCUCACCCUUCCUCCCUUUUGGAUUCUUCUCUUCUUCUUUUUCCUAAUGUUUAUGUUAACGUUGGUUUGCUCUCUCAAAGGAAAUGUAAAAUGUAGUGUGUGGAGAAGAAACUUCAUAGUUGCUAUUUAUUGUUAUUAUCCGUAUAAAUUGUCGAUAUACUUCCUCAUCUGCAAUCAAUCAGACCGGUUGCAGUGAGAUUGCCCAGUUUUUUUUGUUUUGCCUACUGUCAGUUCCCCUUUUGCCCGUUCAACUUCGUACAGGAGUCCAGAAAAAAGACAUGACAAGAUGAUGAUUUGGGUUGGGAUAUGAGAGAUUUUAUGGGUUUUCCACAGCCUUAAUUAGGGAACUAUUACCUACUGAUAUCAUCAGCAAUGGAUAAUAUAAAAUGGAGAGGAUGAUGUUUUGCCAUCACCGUUGGUGAUAGCGGCCAUACAACAGAAGUAUCCUUCUGCAUUUGCGUAUGGCUGAAUGCAUCACCAUCAAUAUGAUAGGGGCAUCUGAAGGGACGCCAUGUGAUAUAUAGUGAGGACCAGAUUCGGUUUUGUUUCUUUCUUUUCCAAAUUGAAAAGGAACUUCACGGCUAAGGAUCUAGUAAUGCCAUGUGGGCUUUGAAGAAGGUUGAAGCUGUCAUGUAGUUGGAAGCAGUUAAUUCCCAAGGACGAGGCAAAUCCAAGCCUAUCAUCAGCUCCAAAGCAUCUCUAUGAUCAAGUUUAGUACAAUCAUCAUCAACAAUCGAAAAUCAUGCCUCCAACUAUCUUGAUUCUUGAGCAUGAGCUGACAAGCUUCAUAUCGAUUUUCAAUUCUUUUGGAUUGCAUUUUGCAGCCAGGAAAUCUUGUUACUAAGAGUAUAAAUUAAUCAGCGGAUUAACAGACUUUGUGAUAGAUUACUUGCAGUCUUUCCAAUGUUGACGACUAAGCCAGAUAUAUA